AAAUUGGUCCAUUCUUCUAGGAAUACUACGUACUUUUUAAUACUACAAUAAUUACUCCAUAAUCUCCUUAAUUUUCUACCUUUUCUCACACACACACGCUUUUUCUCUCUUCUUCUCACUCUCUCUUUUUUCAACAGCCAUGCAAAUUUUAAUGCUAAAUUUCCUGUCCUUUUUUUCCUACUGUGAACUCAGUUCACUCCUCCCUAUGCAGUUUGUCAUCUUCAACUAGCUGUAGCAGUUUUCAUUGACCAAAUGCAAAAAAAAAACAGAGCAGAGCAGAGCAUUUGUACACAACAAUGCUUUUACCUUACCAUAAAGUUUUCAUAUUUUUCUCUUUUUGAACAACUUGUUCUUCUUCUUCUUCUUCUUGAUUCUUGAUUCAGUGCAGCAUUUUGUAUACAAUGGUGUUUUCCUUCUUCUUCCUCCUUUUCCUUUUCUGCUCAACUCACUGUAUAUCAUCCGCCGCCGUCUCCGCCCACAACCGCCGUGUUCUCCACGAAUCUUUUUUUCCGAUAGACUCACCACCACCUUCUCAACCCCCCAUACCCUCUCCCCCAGCACCCCCUACUCCUUACCCAUUCCAAGCUUCAACUCCUGAUAAUAACAACCCCUUCUUCCCCACCUACCCCUCUCCACCACCUCCCCCACCCUCCCCACCACCCCCUUCUUCACUCGUUUCAUUUCCUGCUAAUAUCUCUGAUAUUAACCUCCCAAAUACCUCCAAGUCUAAGCAUGUCUCCUCUAAGCUCAUUAUCACUGCCAUUACUUGUGUUCUAGCUGCUAUCGUUGUUCUUUCCAUAGCCAUCUGUUUGCACGCAAAGAAAAGGAGGCGCCAUUUUAAUGACCCAAAAACUCAAAGAUCCGAUAAUAGCAGUAGAUUGAAUCAUAGUAAUAGUAAAAAUGAUGGUAAUACUAAUAAUAGUAUUCCUAAGCUUGAAAGACCAUCUCAAACUAGUUCAGAGUUUCUCUAUUUGGGUACUCUUGUCAAUUCACAUGGCGGCAUUAAUAGUAGCAGUAACCCUAAUACAGCUCCAUCUUCAAGAAAAAUGGCCUCCCCGGAGCUCCGUCCACUUCCGCCGUUAAAUGGACGGAAUUUAAGUCAAAAUUACAGGAAUACCCGUAAUGAUGAUGAUUUUUACUCUACUGAGGAAUCUGUGGGUUAUAUAGAGAGCUCUUUUGGAGCAGGAUCAUUGUCAAGGAGAGAUUUUGCUGCUGUUGAAGUGGAUAAAUUUGUCGGGUCGAGCUUGUCGGGUUCGGAUUCAUCAUCGAGUUCCGGGUCGGGCUCACCCAGCCGGUCUGUAUCGUUAAGCAUUUCUCCUCCGGCGAGUGUGAGUCCAAAAAGGGAAAGUUGUCCAAGACCUAAGUCGCCGGAACUGGUCGCCGUUGUGACUCCUCCGCCACCUCAGCGUCCACCUCCUCCUCCACCUCCAUUUGUACAUGGACCUCAAGUUAAGGUAACUGCAAAUGAGAGUCCAGUAUUAACUUCUCCUAUGGAGAAAAAUGAUCAAAAUGUUGAGAGUCAUUCUAUUGAGAAAAAUGAGGAGAUGCUUAAACCAAAGUUGAAGACUUUGCAUUGGGAUAAAGUAAGAGCAAGUUCGGAUCGCGAAAUGGUGUGGGAUCAACUGAAAUCAAGCUCAUUUAAAUUGAAUGAAGAGAUGAUAGAAACAUUGUUUGUUGUGAAGAAUCCAGCUUUAAAUACAAGCGCAACAGCUAAACACCUUGUUGUUCCCUCAAUGAGCCAAGAGAAUAGGGUACUUGAUCCAAAGAAGUCACAGAACAUUGCGAUUUUGCUGAGGGCUCUAAAUGUAACCACAGAGGAAAUAUGUGAAGCCCUCUUAGAAGGAAAUGCUGAAAAUAUUGGGACUGAACUCCUUGAGAUUUUAUUGAAGAUGGCUCCAUCCAAAGAGGAGGAACGUAAGCUAAAAGAAUACAAAGAUGAUUCUCCAUUCAAGCUUGGCCCCGCGGAGAAGUUUCUGAAAGCAGUGCUUGAUAUACCUUUUGCAUUCAAAAGGGUAGAUGCUAUGCUCUACAUAUCAAAUUUUGAUUAUGAGGUUGACUACCUCAGAAAGUCAUUUGAAACUCUAGAGGCAGCAUGUGAAGAGUUGAGAAGUAGCAGAAUGUUCUUAAAGCUUCUAGAAGCAGUGCUAAAGACGGGAAAUCGCAUGAAUGUUGGGACAAAUAGGGGUGAUGCUCAUGCCUUCAAACUUGACACACUGCUAAAGCUUGUUGAUGUAAAGGGAGCAGAUGGGAAAACAACCCUCUUGCAUUUUGUGGUUCAUGAGAUUAUAAAAAGUGAAGGUGCUCGUCUUUCUGGUGGAAAUCAGAAUCAACAGUCUACUACCAAUGACGACGCAAAGUGCAGGAAGCUUGGCCUCCAAGUUGUUUCCAGUAUUAGUUCAGAGCUUAUAAAUGUCAAAAAAGCUGCUGCCAUGGAUUCAGAAGUGCUCCACAGCGAUGUCUUUAAGCUUUCUAAAGGGAUUGGAAACAUUGCUGAAGUUGUACGAUCCAUUGAAGCUGUCGGAUUGGAGGAAAGCAGUAUUAAAAGAUUCUCCGAGUCCAUGAACAGGUUUAUGAAAGUAGCAGAAGAGAAGAUUUCAAAGCUCCAAGCUCAAGAAACGUUGGCCAUGUCGCUGGUGAAAGAAAUAACCGAGUAUGUCCAUGGAGAUUCAGCUAGAGAAGAGGCUCACCCUUUCAGAAUAUUCAUGGUUGUUAAAGACUUCCUAACGAUUCUUGAUCGCGUUUGUAAGGAAGUUGGAACGAUAAAUGAGCGGACAAUAGUUAGUUCAGCUCAAAAGUUUCCAGUUCCAGUUAAUCCAAAUCUACAACCUGUCAUUAGUGGAUUCAGAGCUAAACGACAGCAUAGUUUCUCUGAUGAGGAAAGCUCAUCUCCUCAGUAGAAUUAUUUGGUCAUAACAGGCAAAUGCUAGUUUUUGGUUUUGGCCAAAACCAAUGUAAUGUAUUAUAUAGGAAGCAUAGGAGUUUGCCUUAGAUUGUGCAGAACUAUUUAGGCAUAUGUAACUCUUUCAUCUAUCUGAAUUUUGUAUUAUAUUAGAUCAUUCUAUAAGAUAUUGGGAAAUUCUAUUUCUUUUGA